CCUGGGUCGGGUUGGAGGAAACCCCUACUGAGAAAGCAAGAAAGCACAUUGUUAACCGAAAACUCGAUUGUUGGAGGUUCACCGGCGGUCCGAUGACGAAUCUCGACCGUCCGAUGGAAGAAACUGACGACCUAGAUCCCCGCGCUCGAGUCGCCUCUCUUUGUCGUAGAAUCCAGGAAUUAGAGCGGGAGAAUGAGAGAUUGCGUUCCCAAUUGUCAAUCUGCAGCUGCUCCAAGGAAAAAGAUGCAAGAUCUUGUACUAGUGAGUUUGUAGGUGUUAAUGGCACUUCAAAGGGAGGAUCUCAAGGCAAUGCAUUUCUUGAAACUACAGAACUUGCUAAGAGCUUUCCUCCAGAUAUUCCUUUGACAUCCCCUAGUGCUCUUGCUGAGGAACCAUUCGAUUAUUUACAUUUGGAAAAGUCUGCCAAAUUUUCAAAGCUUCGCCUGAAGGAUCAACCAGGUUGCCAACCAAGUACCAUGCAAGUUUGUGCGAAGAGAUAUGUUGCUCUAAAGGUUAUGUAUUUUGGCAAGAGGUUUUAUGGCUUUGCUUCAGAGGCACAAAUGGAUCCAACUAUUGAGUCUGAGGUUUUCAAAGCACUUGAAAGGACAAAGCUUUUGGUUGGUAGUAGAACAGAAUCAAAGUAUUCAAGAUGUGGCAGGACUGACAAGGGAGUCUCUUCUAGCGGCCAAGUCCUUUCUCUAUAUUUGCGAUCAAACCUGAAGGACGCUGAAGGCAACAUCAAAAAGCAGGAAAUUGAUUAUGUAAAGGUGCUGAACAGAGUCCUCCCAUCAGAUAUUCGAGUAGUAGGCUGGUGCCCGGUUUCCACUGAUUUCAGUGCAAGAUUUAGCUGCUUGAGCAGGGAAUAUAGGUAUCUUUUCUGGAGAGGAGCUUUGGAUAUAGCGGCAAUGCGGAAAGCUGCUGAAAAGCUCAUUGGGGAGCAUGACUUCAGAAAUUUCUGUAAGAUGGAUGCAGCAAAUGUGAAAAACUAUAAAAGGAAGAUAACAAAAUUUGAUAUUUCUCCUUGCAACCAAAGAUUUGAUGUUGACGAACUAUGGGCAAUCACAGUUAAGGGUAGUGCUUUUCUGUGGCAUCAAGUCCGUUGCAUGGUUUCAGUGCUAUUUAUGAUUGGUCAAGGCCUUGAAUCUCCUGAUGUAGUUGAUGUGCUACUGGAUAUUGAAAUGACUCCAAGAAAACCUCAAUACACCAUGGCAACCGAACUCCCAUUGAUUCUACAGUUUUGCGAAUUUAAAGAUGUCAACUUUAUUUGCUCCUCAGAGUCCAGACGAGCUUUGCACGAGCACUUGACCAAUGAAUUACGAACAUAUAUGCUGCAAGCUGCUAUUUAUCAUGAGACAUUGAGUUGUUUGUCCACUCCCGCAGAAGAAGGUCCAUCCGAACCUGGGAAGAAGAAGCGGGGUCAUGUUCCUCUCAUUCUACGGCCAACUGAACCAUCAUUUGAUGAAAGGCGUGCCAAACUGGAUAUGAGAACUAUCUAUGACAGCUAAUAACUUGUCCUUAGAAAGUUCUGGUGAAGAAGCUGAUGGAGCUUUUAGAAAUUUUAAUGUGUGCUGAUAGUUGGAGCAAAGAGAGACCUCGCAGUACGAAGCUAAGCUCGGAUCUGUUAUUUGCACUUCUGGCACAGGCUGAAUUCGGAAACAUAGUAUUAUCAUGUUUCCUCCAAUAUUUGUGCUUGUAUUAUUUUUUCAAAAAAAAAAAAGUCCUUUUUAAUUAUCAUAUUCUUCUAAGUUUUCAUAGACAACUGUAGUUUUGUGUUUCCACUUUCGACAAUGAGAUACAUCAGUGAACAAGGCAGCCAUGAAGAGGAUUUCAAGUCUUGUUUUUGCAUUAGAGGUUAAUGCAGUUUCCUUGCAAUUUUUCUGCUUCAA